ACUUGAACUUAACGGAUUGCAAUGCUCGGAUGCAUUUUUGUAUACAACUUGUAUUAAAUAGUUAUUAAAAACAAAAAAAAAAUGGAGCGUUGUUGGAAAAGUGAAAAUAAACCGAUUUUAGCGAAAAGUGAUUUGCACUCCGGCGAAUCAAAUGAGAGGGAAACCAUCAUAUUAAGCAACUGUGAACUAGAACAAAGUGAUAUUGAUGUGAUAACGCAACAUUUUGCUUAUGCAACGUAUUUGGAUUUGUCAUACAAUAAGAAAAUAGCAUCAAAUAAAUUCCUACUGACCCCUACAACGCUGUACCUUAAGGGUUGCACGAGUUUACAUGAAAUCAAAUACAGUUUCAGCACUUGUAUGUUGAAAAUUUUGGAUAUAUCAGGCUGUCCCAUUGACUACCAAGAACACUUCUCGAACUAUGACUUUCCGAUGCUAGAAAGUAUUACGCUCAGUUGGCAACCCAAGGUGGAUUGGCAAAAGCUGCUAGGAAAACUGAAGGCGUUGAAAAAUCUAACGCUGGAAAAUGUUAGCAGUCAAACUAUACAACUCACAAGCGCAAAAGAAAACCCACAAAGCUUCGAAACAUUGCUACUGGCGCUGUCCGAUUGUAAAAAUAUCAAAUCUGUCACUUUUGGUAGCCUGCUUAGUGUGCAUGAUAUUGGUCACUUGAGCAAUUUGACUGACAGAAAACUGUCAGUUCAUAUUAGACAUGAGAUCGGUCAACAUUUAAACAGAUUGUAUGACUUACAAAACUUAGACACGGUUUAUUUGGAGCACGUCAACAAUGUUACAGACGUUGAUUUGUUAAACUUGAUAAAAAGUUGCACAAACUUGUCAAAAAUAACGUUGGAUUAUUGUGAUGGCGUGACAAGGGAUUUCAUAUUCAGCGCUGCAGAGUUCUUGCGCGAACGCGAUAAAGACGAGCCACUAAAGGCGCGUCUCAACCUGGAGAUGUGCGGCUGUGCUGGCAUUACAGAAGAUAUACAAGAGCAUCCUCUAUAUGCGAAAGCUGAAUCCGCUUUGAGCUUAAUAUUAUUCUUCGAGUGCAAACAUCCAACAACUAGCUACAGAAAUGAGUGA